AUGUCGUCAUAUCCCAAUUACAACUCAUUUCAAUAUCCCAACAGUCAGAACGAGCAGAACUCGAGAAGAAAUCGCCAGCCUGUACAGCAACCACAGCAGCAGUCUGUGCAACCUCCCCAGGGUUAUAUGGGAGGUAAAUAUUCUUGGAACAAUCAGAACGCGAACAAGUCAUAUUCGGAUACCAACGACGGGUACUCGCGCACCCAAGAUCAUUCUUCGAGCUUUGCGCAUACACCUGCUGCGCUCGGUAGCUACGCUCAACAAGGUACGCGCACGGAUGAGAAUACGCAGAGAAGUACUGGAUUGAAUAGCUUGGUUUACGCUUCUUCGCUUCAUCAGAAUACGGGCCAGUCACAGUCAAAUGUUGGUACUCAAGGCUCGAAUGUAUCGAAUCAAUACCAGAGUGCGACGGGUUCGUACAGUUACCCAUCUCAGUCAAAUUCAGCAGCGAAUACCCAGGCGACCACAACAUAUAAUCAACAGCCACAGCAGGCCUCUAGCACUGCUUCUUGGACGUCCUCGACCUCAUAUACUACAUACUUGAGCACUUCGGUCAAUAACGAUGACCUAAGACAAUAUCAUACACAACCUGCGCAUUUGUCACAACCAGAACGGCACCCAUCGCCGAAAGUGGACCAGCGUGGACAGCGAAGAGCAAGAAGUUACAAAAGCCCGCCUGUUACAAAUUCCUCCUCAAAUGCACCUUUGAACGCGACCUCGUAUUCGCAAACGUCUCACGGAUAUAGCUCAUAUACUGCCCAUACUUCAUCUGUGGCCAACCCCGGUCAUACGGCGACCUCCACGGAUACUGUGCCUACUGUCACACAAGAUUAUCCUCAAGUCUCAGAAACCAGAACUACCGAUCAGAUUUCGCCCUCAAAAGUCCAAUUUAUCAAUCCUACUGAUUUAUACACCCAGCAGUAUUUCCUCACACAGGAACGUGCUAGAGCAGAAGAAGUAGAGCAAAUGGCGGCAGAAGAAGCUCGAAGGAAAGAAGCCGAAACUGAGGCCCAAGCUCAGGCGGAGGCUGUUGCACGGGCUGCAGAGGAAGCUUCGUCAACAAAUGCGCAAGUGACGCCUACAAGCACUGCUAAAGGAAAUGCAGCCAAAUCUUCGACUGCAAAGAACACAUCUAAAAAGAGAACAUCGGCGAAGAAAAAAGCUGCCGAAAAGGAUGUCGCUCCUGCAGAUCCAUUAGAUGCAGAGAAUGACGAUGAUAUGGCUCUUGAAAUGCGAAUGAUGCUAGAGAAGCUCCGUGGCAUGCGAAGCAAGGAUCCUUCAUUGUUUGCUAAGCUAUGGGACGACUUCAAGAAACCGGCUGCAAGUACCCACACAGCUGCAACUACAGAGCAGCCAGCCACAGGUCCGAGUCGGUCGACGACCAAACCGUCUCCAUCUACCAAAACCCUCUCUACUAAUACUCCCAGUAAAAAGCCCAAGAAUCAGGGCCCAGGCGUGAGCCAGGAGAAAGAAAUAGAUGGCUUACCAGACCUGGGAAGAUUUCCUGCACAGCGACGCAGAAGAACAAAGAAAAGUGAUGCUGCAGAAGGUGUUGCUGCCAACGCGCAAUUAGAUGCUACUGCAUCGGUCGCUCAAGUCAAUGUCAAAUCCAUGCUGAACCAACACCAUCAGCAAUCUCCCGCGCCCGUCUCCGCACCCGUCACCAAAAAUGCAGCCGCAAAUACGCAGCAGAAAGCAUCAACUGCAGCUCCCUCAGCAUCCAAGCUUAAGGCAACGCCAGCACAAGAGGCUACCUGGCCAGCGGCAACUCAACAGAAGCUAGCCAAGGCUGCGUCGGAGUAUUUGAGCAAAGAUGAUGCAAAUCAAGGCAAAGAAUGUUCGGCAGAGUCUCUCAUGCUUCUUUUACGGAAUAACCCGACCUAUCCUGAUCUCUGUGCUCUAUUGGAGUCUCGAGGUUUCGUCCUUGACAGACAAGCCAUGGCCAGGUUUCUUCUUGCAGCGGUUCCUGCGCUACUUAGCGGUAACAAUGGGCAGGAUCAGAAGAAAGCGGAAGCAACCCAAAAUACUCCUCUAGCACAGGCAAGCCCGACUMUUCCUCCAACUACGACGCAGCCUCCUCCACAUCCACUACCUCUGCCACUUGAACCACCCCAACCAGCCCAGCCAACUCCAGUAUCUCAACCAGCCCCGCCGACUCAAUCUAUAAUACCGCCUCUUCCUCAUCUUCCUCAAGGGGUACCCACAUCUGACUUGGAUGUCGUUUUCUACCAACCUGGAGUACAUGCUCACAAACCGCGUGCAUCUAAUCCAAACUCAAGUACAGCUGAGAAAGGAAAAAAAAAUUGGCAGCGGCCACGGAGAUCGGACGGGGCAUGGAUUUCGAAUACACCUGUUGGGCCCAAGGCUGAGAUGGCCAAGAAGAGACUGUUUUCUGAGAUUGUGGACAUGUCACAAGUGAGCAGUGACGAGGAAAUGCCAAGCGAUUAUGACGAUGAUGAUGAAGAGGGGGUUUCCAAUCGUCCGAUGCCUAGCAUGAAUAUGGACAUUUCUCAGCCUCUGAAACUCCAAGAUCCUGGGCUAGAUCCUAUGGACAUCGACACAGACUCGUCACAUCUAAUCGAACAAAAUCGACCUGAUUCCCGUGCUGAAAUGCCAGAGCCUGAUAUCGAAUUCGACCCUGAUGAUGAGUUUGUCCUCCGCGAGAUCAAACGUAUACCGAACAUUUGCAAAUCUUUGAACCCAUCAGUUGCAUUGAAACGAGUCUAUUAUAAUCCGAAAACAAUUGCACGGGAUAUCAUGCUUGCUACAGGCCGUCAUCCGUCUGAACGGCCCCUGAACUUCCACUUGAUGAACUUCACACAAACAUUUUUGGGUGUCACCAUGCGUUCGGAUCUUGAAACGUUCAGAUGGGAUCUUGUUGACCCGGGCGGACCAUCCAUGCCAGUCGUUGAACUCGAGGACAUUCUCGUCGAGCCUCCCCAGCUUACUCGUAAAAAGCGCCGCCGUGACGAAUCACGUGAUGAUCCCGACGUCAAAGGCCCCACUUCCGAUAGUCGACCUCAACCGAGCCAAACAAUUGCUACACCUAGACAACCGCUUUCUACUUCUCUUUCCACACCUCACGGUGCACGCGAUUCCAUGGCUGGUACACCGACUACUGGUCAGAGGACUGGUCGUCGCGGUCGACCGCCCGGUGCCAAAAACAAAAACCCUACGAAAGCUGCGUUGAAAGCUCUUGCUAAGACUAUUGCUGGGUCCUCAACGAGAAACGCGCAACCCACUGUCCCUGCCGCUGCUACCUCCGUUCCUGAGCCAUCAUAUCCUAUAUUUACGUGUGAAUGGGCGUCCUGUCCUGCGCAGCUCCACGACGUGCAUACGCUGGAGCGUCAUGUUGUCAAGAACCACAUUGCUGGUCAGCAAACAUGUCUAUGGCAGAACUGCCCCAACUCCGCGACAGAGUAUAGCGGCGAAGGUCUGGAGGAGCAUUUGGCAAAAGCACACAUCCAACCUCUGGCAUGGAAGUAUGGAGAUGGACCGUCCGUCAACGGUACUGUCAAUGUUAGUCUCGAUCGUUUCUUGAUUGCCAAUGGCUUGAUUGUCACACCCGAUGCUGCUACGGCGGGCGAAAGCGACACCCUCAUUUUCCCGGUUGAACCGACCCCGAUUCGCGCAUUCAACAAGUUGUACGGCGACCAGAAGCCGACCGAGCGAGCGCAACAGGUAUUGAGGGCAGUGCAGAAACGACGCAAACGCGUAGGUAUCGGUCUUGAGCAACAAGGUUGCGAGUUUUCGACGCCCGUGCGAAAUAAGCUAUUCGUGAACGACGAGGAAUACUACGAGGUGGUUACUGAUGAAGAGGAGGGGACCGACGAUUGGUUUUCGCAAGCGCAAAGUGAUAAUUUCUAG